CUUCUUUAAAUCAUGACUCUUCCAGGAACCAUGUCACUCCUUUUCCAGCUAUUCUAAUCUCUCUCUCUCUCUCUCUCUUAUAAUAUAUACAUAAACAUUACCAUCAAGAAGAAGAGAGGGAGAAGAAGAAGAUAAUUAGCUUCCGCCUCUCUCAAGUCUCUAACACAGCACACAAAAGAAAGCCAUGGGAAGGGCUCCUUGCUGCGACAAAGCCAACGUAAAGAAAGGGCCAUGGUCACCUGAAGAAGAUGCCAAGCUCAAGUCUUACAUAGAGCAGCACGGCACCGGUGGCAACUGGAUUGCCUUGCCCCAAAAGAUUGGGCUUAGGCGAUGUGGGAAGAGCUGCCGCCUCAGAUGGUUAAACUAUCUUCGCCCCAACAUCAAACAUGGAGGUUUCUCCGAGGAAGAAGAUAACAUAAUUUGUAGCCUCUACAUCAGUAUUGGAAGCAGAUGGUCAAUCAUAGCGGCUCAACUUCCAGGACGAACUGAUAACGACAUAAAGAACUAUUGGAACACUAGGCUGAAGAAGAAGCUUUUGGGUAAGCAGCGGAAGGAGCAACAUUCUCGUAGGUUCAGCUCCCUCAAGCAGCAAGACACGAAGAAAGCGAGUGGGACUCUUGUGUCUUCUGAUCAGAGCUGCAACCAAAACCCAUAUUGGCCGGAGCUGCCCGUGGCUACACAACCUUUGUCACACCAAGACCCAUGGCUCAACGACCAUUCUUCCCUUCGGAAGUUGUUUAUGAAGCUUGGUGGAAGCCCAAAUCUUCAAUGCCCACUUGAUAUUCCCUCUACCCAGCAAUUACCAAUAUAUGAAAAUUCCAUCAAUUUGUCCAACAUGAAUUACUUUAGCGACAUGGGUACUUCUCAAUUCAAUCACAACACCCAACUCGACCUUGCCUUGUUGGAUGAAAUGGUUUAUAGCAACCCACAGGGAUUAGAGGGACUGGAUCAGUGUUUCUAUGAUAGCUCAGCCGGUACAAGUACUUCAGCAGAAAGCGCGAGUUGGGGUGAUAUAAGCUCUUUGGUUUACCAUCCAGGACUAGUCCAGCCAGAUUUUGAAGUCUGCCAGCAAGCCAUGAUACAAGAAUGUGCUUUCCAGGAGGAGCCGCCGAGGUACCUCGAGGAGUCGCAGUAGCUGCACCCAUACAUGGGGAUAACAAUGGUGUAAAUUUGUAUCACAAGGGGGGAGGUGAUUGAAGAUUAUUGUGUUUGGAUUAAUAACCCUAAUAAACUCAACUGGGCUAUUUCUUUGUA